CGCCAGACUGUGCCGAUUAUUCACACCGAGAGCCGUAAUGCAUGCGCUGCAAAUUACAUCACACAGAUCAAAACGUGCACUCCGACUUUUAAAGACCCUCAAGUUCAGCGUCUUCAUUCACGCUUGUCGGUAACUGGUCUGAUUGGCCAACAAUUCGAAAUCGUCGGUCGGAAUACCCAGUGCGGUUAGCCUUCUUACUUUUACUGUCGCCAUCUGACCUUCACACAACGACAUAUAUCGUGGUCACGUACACUUCUUUCUGCUGUCGAACAAUAGUCUGAUACUCAACUAAUUCGAUCACCAUGACUGUCGCCGAGCCCAACUUCUCUGCGCCCGCGCAGACGAUCGAGUGUCAUGGAUUGUUGUUCGAUAUGGAUGGCACCAUCAUUGAUUCAACACCAGCAAUUAUCAAGCACUGGCAAAGAAUCGGAAAGGAAAUUGGUGUCGACCCGGAAGUGAUUCUUGCUACGUCACACGGCAGACGUUCGAUCGACGUUCUCCAAAUAUACGAACCGAAGCUCGCCAACUGGGAGUACAUCAGCCACGCUGAAGGUCGGAUACCAAUUGAGUUCGGUUCAGAUGCUGUGGAGAUUCCUGGUUCUCGCGCCAUGUUGGAUCGACUCGACGAGCAGUCUGCUCCUUGGGCCAUUGUCACCUCAGGCACGCGACCACUGGUUACCGGCUGGCUGGACGUCAUGAAGUUGGCGCAUCCUAAGAACAUUGUCACUGCCGAAGACGUGCCGAAUGGUAAACCAGAUCCAGCGUGCUACAAGAUGGGCGAGAAGAAACUGCUUCUCCAGCAGCAGAAGCCGUCCAUCGUUGUCUUCGAAGACGCUCCAGCUGGAGUUCGAUCAGGAAAGGCAGCUGGCUUUACUGUCAUCGCGCUGCACACCACACACUCGUUGGAACAGUUGGUCGAAGCCGGCGCUGACUACAUCGUCAAAGACAUGCGAAGUGUAACUCUGAAGUCUUGGGAUCAGACCACUGGGAGCGGACGACUCGAGGUUACCAACGCCCUGGUGUAGGCGC